AUGGACGUCUUUGGCUACGAUCACGGUCUUCCUGAUCUUGAUCUUCCAAAGAACAACGACUGUGAUGCGCUUGGACAGAAUAACAAUGUCCAAAUCGACUCGCCGCAACAAUGCUCGUCCGACUUUUACUACUCGGCGCCUGUGCCGGUCACGAUACCAACAUUCCUGAGGCCUGUCCCUAGUGUUCUGCUGGAGAACCCAAUGAACUUGCUUUAUUACCAUUAUUUCAUCAACUACACAGCCAACGUUCUGGUAACUCACCAGUGUCCUUCCAAUCCUUUCUCGACAAUUCUGCCACAGCUCGCCCUCAAGGACGACAAUUUGUUGCGGCUUCUGUUGGCAUAUGCAGCUUGCCACAGAGCUCGACUUUUGCGACAUGCUGAACCCAAGAAUCGCAUCGCAACAUGGGUCACGCCCGUCUUCCCGUCCUUGCGUGGAGCGCUGUCAGGGAAUGAACAGAUCUCAGACUCGGCUUUCGGGUCCUGCGUCAUGCUGGCAUCUCUCACUCAAUCAUAUCCUCUGGCCUUCGACUUGCCCAUUUCCUGGCAGGAGCAUCUCAGCUUGGCACGACGCUUGUACGGUCUUCGACUCAGUCAAGACAACAUUCAACGAACCAGUGCAACAUUCUUCUUUGGCAGGUGGUUUGCAUAUCUGGAUACCUUCGGAAGUGCGAGCAGCGACACCUACCAAGGUGCCUGGUACGAGUGGUCACGCGAGCUCAAACUGGCAGAAGACACCCCUGAACUGCAAUGUCUGGCCGGCUUCACCACCAAAUCAUUGGUUCUGCUUUCGAGGACUGCAGAACUCGCAAAACGCUGUGACUACGAGCGUCGCUUGCAUGGAGAGCCCUCAGUACACACGAUAACCGUGUCUCAGCAGUUGAGGAUGAAUCUCGAACUCUUUACGUUGGAAGUCAACCAUACGCGCUAUGACUGCGCAUGCUCGGAAUCUUCUACAUCCUCUACGGAGGUCUACCGCGCGGUCAAUGCCGCAAUAACUCACGCUUCGCUGAUCUACCUGCACCGCCGUGUCUACAUGCUUCCAUCUGAAUCGCGACUAGUUCAGUUCUCGGUCAACGCUAUUUUGGACGCCUUCAACGAGCUGAAAGGAUAUAACGCAUUCGACACUCCGGAUAUCAUUCUACCUCUUUUCCUUGCUGGCUGCGAGGCAAGGGAUCCUGGGAAAGCUGUUGAUGUGUUACAACGUCUGCAGAGUAUCGAGAAUGCUGGCAUGGGACAGGUUGUUCGUGUCAAGGCUUUGCUACAAGAAUGCUGGGAUACCAACAGGGACUGGACUGAACUCAAGCACAAUGUGCUCCUUGGCUGA